AUGAACAAAGAUAACUGGUCAGAUGAUAUACUUGAUAAAUUAAAGUUAAGAGAUGAAGUAGAGAAGAAAGAUUCUGAAUAUUUCAUUGCAUAUCAGCAACUUAUGCAAAAACUAGACUUUUUAAAGCAACAAAUUUAUCACAACGACUCCUCGUAUUCAUCAAAAUCCCCUUCUCCAUCUGCUUUACUAAACAUAGAACCUCAACAACAGCCGAGUCCGUCAAACCCUGAAAGAGACAUUAAUUUCAUUGUGAAAGAAAACCAACAGCUAAGAAAUGAGAAUCAUGAUUUAAUAACGAAUCUAAAUUCCGUCACUUUGAAAAACGAACGGUUGGAGUCAAUAGCGAAAGAAAAAGAUUUGAAUAUCAAGAAGUUGGAGAAAUUAAACACAAAUUUAUCCAAAAAGAUAGAAAAUUUAUUAGCGGAGCUUAAAGAGAAAAAUAAAACUAUAGAAUUGAUCAAUGAUGAAAACUUAAUGAAUCAAAUUCAAUUGAAUGUUUUACUUAAAAAGAGCAAUCAGAAUUGA